AUGGUAACGACAGAACAGCGUCUGGUUGACUAUGUUGUGUUUGUGGGGAAAGAAGCCUCAGAGUUGAAUCCGUGGUUCACUUAUGCCAUUGGGUAUAAAUGCAAAGACGUUUUCUUUGUUGUCUCUUUCGUUUCUUUUUCUUCCUCUCUUUCUUUUUUCUCUCUCUCUCUCACUUCCUCUUUAUCUCUUAAUCUUUCCCUCUCUCUCUUUCACUAUCUUCUCUAUUCUUGUCUAUUUACUCCUCCCUCUUUACCUUUGUCUCUCUCUCUCUCUCUCUCUCUCUCUCGAGUUUUCUCUCUCCUUCUAUGCCUUUCUUUUUCUGUCCCUCUUUUUAUCUCUUUCCCUUUUUCUGACUUUCUUUCCCUCUUUCUUUUUUUCUCUUUCUCUCUCUCUCUCUCUACUCCUCGACCUUCCUCUUCCUCUGCAUCUCUCUUUCUUCGUCUGUUUCUCCCUCUCUCUUUCCGUCUAUUUCUCCUUUCUUUUUGUCUCACUUUUAUUUUUUCUCUCUUUUUCUUUUUUUUUACAUCUCUCCCUUAUUGUUGUUUCCCAAUUUCUAUUUCUCUUUAUUUCUUUCUUUCACUCUUUCUGCCUCUUUUCAAUUGGUUUUGUCUCUCUCUCUCUCUCUCUCUCCCUCUCUCUCUCUCUUUAUUUCUCUAUCUCUUUCCUUCUCUCUCUACCCACCCUCUCUCUUAUAUCUAUUUUUCCUGUCCCUUCCCUUUCCGCAAACCAUUUUCUUUUGAGAGGGAUUGUUUGCAUUAUUACGCAUUUUCCAUCAUAACUUUGUGCCAUUUCUUCGCCGUUUUUGUUGCUUAA